AUGGGUUUGCUGGGAGCUGUCCCUCUCCCUCUCUUGCAGCCAACGUCCUUUGUUCAUCAGUCGGCAACUGAGAAUUCACUUGCCUUGGCCCAGAGGGUUCCAAAGAGGCGCGCACAUCGGUUUUCUUCUCACCUGGAGGGUGACGCUCUUUUAAUGAGUGUUGUAAAUCAUUCUUUUGCAAAUGACUAUCCUCUGGAACUUUCACUUCAGGCUCUGUUUCCUUUUUUUCUUCUGGAGGGCACUUCAAAGAGCUUGGGCCAGUCCUCUCUUGCCCUGGUUCUUCAGUACAUGUUGCGUGCCCUUGACCUCCCUCUUGGAGGGUAUUCGACCUCGGUACAGCCGCCACUGCUAGAUUCACUUUCCUUGAUUGACUUGCUGUCUGUUGCCUUGCAGCCUGAGGACCAGGAGCGGACCCUCCUAACACUUUUGAUGAGGGACGGCGUGGCGGUGGUGCAUAUAUAUUGUCCUCCGGAGUG